CUGAUAUACAGCAACAAGAAGCUUUAGUAGUGACUGUGCUCCACUUCUGAGCCACAUCCAGGGAUCAGAGAGACAGAUGGCUGACAAUCCCUCUCCGCACAUAUCAUCGGAGAGUCAGGAGAAAUCCUACCCCCAAACCAGCGACUUUUAUCGGGUGCAGUCGGACUUACCUGCCAAGUUUAAUCACCCGGAGACAUGGAGAGAAGGAUACAGAACCAAACCCGGCAACCCUCUGUACAGGACCACAAAUCAAACGUAUGGGAGUAAGCCACCCACUGUCCAUGAGAUGCCGACAAAGUUUAAAGGAGGUUCCAAUAAGUUUUCAGACGCGGCUACAAAAUGCGGCAUGUACAGAAACAAUGGAUUCAACACGCAUAUAGAAAAAAGUUUUGUGACGGGGCCAGACAAUCAAAUCACCUACCACGACAGACUGAAUUUUCACCGGAGUUAUAACAUCAGUGGACCCUCACAGUCAUCGUGAUUGGCAUUCUUCUGACAUAACUCUACUGCCUGGGCUGUG